UCGCUCCAAAAAUGCAAGCCAAAUCUUGCCACCUCCCCAUCAAACUCCCCGCCGCCGCAUCCCUGCCGCGGCUGCCGCCGCCGACGUACAACCCGGCACAGCACACCGCGGUGGUCCCCCGCGCCAUCUCCAUCUCCGCGCCCCCAACGACGACCGCCGCGCCCCCGGUCCCGGCGCCGCACGACGCCAAUGCCUCGGACGACGCCGUGGCCGCCUUCUGGGACUACCAGUUCCUCUUCGUCUCGCAGCGCGCCGAGACCGCGGCGCCCGUCCCCCUCCGCCUGGUCGACGGCGCGCUGCCGCGGGGCUUCCCCUCCGGGACCUACUACCUCACCGGCCCGGGGCUCUUCUCCGACGACCACGGCUCCACCGUCCACCCCCUCGACGGCCACGGCUACCUCCGCGCCUUCGAGAUCGACGGCGCCGCCGGGAGGGUGGAGUUCGCGGCGAGGUACGUGGAGACGGAGGCGCAGGCGGAGGAGAGGGACCCCGACACCGGCGCGUGGAGGUUCACGCACCGGGGGCCCUUCUCCGUGCUCAAGGGGGCCAACAUGGUCGGAAACACAAAGGUGAUGAAGAACGUCGCCAACACCAGCGUUUUGCGGUGGGGCCGCCGCCUCUUCUGCCUCUGGGAAGGCGGCGACCCCUACGAGAUCGACCCGAGGACUCUCCGCACCCUCGGCGCCUUCAAAGUCGUCGUCGAUGACCGCCGGAGAAUGUCGCCGGACACGUUCACCGCCAACUUCUGGGACGUCGCUGCACGAAUCUUGAAACCGUUAUUAUACGGGGUUUUCAAGAUGCCUCCGAAGAGAUUGUUGUCUCAUUACAAGAUCGAUGUGAAAAGAAAUAGAUUAUUAAUAAUGUCAUGCAAUGCCGAAGAUAUGCUACUUCCACGCAGCAAUUUCACUAUUUACGAAUUGGACUCCAAUUUUAAGCUACUGCAAAGCCAAGAAUUCAACAUUCCUGAUCACUUGAUGAUCCACGACUGGGCCUUCACAGAUUCCCAUUACAUAUUAUUUGGAAACAGAAUCAAGUUAGACGUUGCAGGUUCAAUGACAGCAUUAUGUGGAUUUUCUCCGAUGAUAUCAGCGUUGUCGGUAAACCCAAGCAAGACCACGUGUCCAAUUUAUGUGCUUCCAAGAUUUGAAGACUCGAAAACGAAAUCAAGGGAUUGGAGAGUCCCAAUUGAAGCACCUUCACAGAUGUGGGUGCUUCACGUUGGGAAUGCUUUCGAGGAGAAAUAUGUGAAUGGAGUUCUUCACAUUCAAAUCCAAGCUAGUACUUGUUCCUAUCAAUGGUUCAAUUUUCAGAAAAUGUUUGGAUAUGAUUGGCAGAGUGGUAAAUUAGACCCUUCCAUGAUGAACUUGAAACAAGGCCAAGAAACCUUGCUGCCUCAACUAGUCAAGGUUAGUAUAAAAUUGGACGUGGAUGGGAAUUGCCAAGACUGCAGCGUAGAUAGGCUGAGUGAGUGGAGCAAACCUUCAGACUUUCCGGUCAUAAAUCAGGAAUAUUCCGGCGCUCGAAACACGUACAUCUACGCAGCUACCUCCUCCGGUUCACGGCGAGCCUUGCCGCAUUUCCCAUUCGACACGGUGGUGAAGAUGAACACCGCCACCAAAGCCACGCACACAUGGUCUACCUCGCGCCGUAGAUUCAUCGGCGAGCCAGUAUUCAUACCAAAAGCCGAAGCCCAAGCCGAAGACGACGGCUUUCUUCUCGUAGUAGAAUAUGCAGUGUCUACGCAGAGAUGUUAUUUUGUUAUUUUGGAUGCUAAAUUGAUUGGUAAGAAAAAUGGUGUAAUUGCAAGAUUUGAAGUCCCUAGGCACUUGAAUUUUCCUCUUGGAUUUCAUGGAUUUUGGGCUCCAAAUGUGUGCACAACGUUAACGCCUUCUACCAAUUGCCGAGUGUCGUCGCCGUCUCUUGAUUGUGUGGGACUGCAUCAUUAAUCCAAUUCAAAUAUGAUAAAUGUGAAAGUAGACUGUGUUAGAAUCUAUAUUAUAGCAUAGAUUAGUCAUACAAAAUUGUUAAAGGGCCACUUGUCUAAUACCAUAAAGAUAAAAUGGUGCCAUCAUCAUGUAAAGUAUAGUCUUCAACUUCUUUAUAAGGAAUCACACGUGUUGUAAUUGUAACAAGCUUAUUUUCUUGGUGAAUUUGUAAGGGUUAACAGUGUUUUAUUUC